AUGCUCCAAUACAAGCGGAUAACAACAACUACUCCUCCUCAAGUUGCAACCUAUGCUUGUUUCUACAGUUGCGGCUUUAUAAGAUGUGGACACUCAUGUGUUAACCGCUCCUACUUUCCCAGAUUCCCCCCUCUUCCGCCCCUCCAUCCCCCCAUGGAGCGCACCUUUUCCGCCAGCGGCCGCCACAAUCACCCCACGUUCGGCUCCCCCUCGCUCCGCCCUUCCGGCGCCCCCCUUUUCACCCACGCUUCCCGCGCCACCGCGCGAUCCCCGCCGCACUCCCCCUCGUAUUCCCCGCCGUAUUCCCCGCCGUAUUCCCCCCCUUACUCCCCAAGCUCCCCCUCUAAAGGCCCCUUUCCCCAAGCCUCCCCGCGCCUUAGAUGCUUAUACAUAGCGAUUCUGAUAGUAGUUUCGUACAAUUUAAGUUACGUAGUGGAGCAUUUAACUCUGUCAUUAAUGGGCCGCCCUAACGCGUGGUCGCGCGGCGGCGCGAAGGGCGGGGAGGAGGAGUACGGCGCGUAUGGCGCGGACACGGCGCUCUAUAACGCGUUGUCCGCGGCUGUUGAUAGCGGGGAUGACCCGCCCACGCUGGCGUCUUUCACGCCGCCCGACCUGCCCGAAUGGGACCCGAAUGACGUGAGUGCGGUUGCGGUUGCGGGAGCCUCGCCCUGCCAUAAGUCACACUAUGUCUAUAAGAUCGUCUCUGAGGCGCGCAAGCACAACAAUGCGGUGCAUUUCAUCGGCCCUCGGGAAUGCCGCCAGUUCUUCUUCCACAUGGGGGUGGCAUUCGAGGAGCAUGCGGAGUACGAGGAGGUGUACGAGUGGUUCAUUCGUAACCUCGGCACUCCUGUCGAUGUGCAUGUCCGUUGGUUCAUACUAAAGAAGUUCAUGGAGCGCCAUAAUUAUGGCCGCAUAUUCCACCUGGCAACAGAAGUCAUGCUCUUCGCCAAUGCGUCUCAGGUGGCGGCAUGGCUAUUCCCUAACUCUGACCUCGCUCUCCCUGCACGCUGGCCCAGCAUUCGCCCUCCGUUGAGGCCCACUCAGUACUCCUCUGCAGCCCUUUCCCUCAUCUCCCAUGCACCCUUCCCUCUCCGCCCACCAGGAGUGGGCACGCACAUAGCCCUCAUGUCAUAUGCAGCGCUGGUCGACUGGUGCCUCUUCCUGCACGCUGUCUUUGACUCCGCCAUGUUCGGGGGAGACAAGGACACCCAAGACCUCGUGCUGCUGCCCUCCUACGUGGACGUUACGAUUAUGGGCUGGUACACAUUUGCAGGCUGCUGGCUGCAGUGGGUGGAGCCUCCGUGUGUGUCAGGAGUUAAACCCGAAACCGCCAAGGCCCUGCGCAAGCGGGGCAUUCAACCGCGCUUCCGCGUGCAGUCCCUCUGCCAGCCGCGGCGCUGCCUCAACUCCUCCUGGUCCGACCCCGGCCUCUGCGUCUUUGACAAUAACUUUUCUCUCACCCCCGGCCACCCAUUCUUCAAGUUUAAAGCCGGGGACAAGUGUCCGAGCACGAUGCACUAUGGGUUUUACCGCGGGUGGGAGGAGGAGGCGCAGAGUGAGCCGGUGCAGUUUUUGGCGGUGCAUUUCAUGCACCGGAAGAAAGAGUUUUUGAAUACGAAGUUCCCGCCUGAACCGGAGAAGUCGUGGGGUAGUGCGAGUGAGUAG